AUGCAUCCUACAGUUCUUGGAUACUUGGCUGGCAACGUCGCCGUCUCGACGGUGGCUGCAAGCUUCAGCACCCCGCAGAAGACCAUCAACCCUGUCAAGUUGGACAUUCCUGUCACUAUCCUCGCCGACACAAACAGAGACGGUCAUGUUGACAAACUCGACACAUACGGAAAGCACGCAUGGACUACUUAUCACGGCGCAAUAUUUCUGCCGAAUAUUGGCGACGAGCUUCAUCGCUGCCACGUGCACGAUGUCGUCGGGACACCACUCAGCAAUCGGGAACUCGCAGCCUGCAACGACGCCGCGGGGGAUGUGCUGAUCAACAGUACAUUGGCAGCCCCGGUCAAGACCCUGCCACUGGCCGAUUUGUCAAAGAAUGCGACCGCCAGGAUUCUCGUGCAGCCACUGUCGGCCUCUGAGCAUGUCCGCCUGUUCUGGAAGCACAGGAAUGAUGACAGCUCAUCUGACUGGGCACCUGUGAAGCCUGAGCUGCUAUUCAACAGCACAGCUUUGUCUGCGGGGCUGACUCUUGCCGUUGACGCAAGGCACCUGGUCAGCGACAAAGCUGUAUGGGAUGGGCAAGUCAAUAUCGAAUUCGAGGUCACGGAUGGGAUGCGGAGCGGUAGUGACUUUGUCGCUAUGAGGCAAGCGCCUGUCCUCUUGCACCACCAUCUCCAAAGCAUGGACGCAGUUGUUACCAUGCAGACCGAGGAGUCGAAAUGGCAAGGCGCAUUCGUCAACUCUCUCAGAGAUGCCAUCCACGAGCUCGCGCCCGCGGUUACCCUGCUAUUAUUGAAUUCCAGCCGUGGCAUCUGGGCGCAAGACUUCAUGGAGCCAGCCUUUGCCAGCAUGCCUGGUCCCCAUGGCCCCAUAUCUAUUAGAGUGCUACUGCGAUCAGCGCAGUCAAGUCGAUCUAAUGGCCGUCUGGUCUUUGAGAAACUACGAGGAGCCGGUGUGGGCGGCUGGCAGCCGGGAUCGGGGUCCGGGUUUGGCUGGGAAGAGAUCAACUCUGGCGGCAACAUUGAAACAAUUCCGCCAUACACUUCUCGCUCUGGUGUUUCUUACAAGAAUGGACGGGUUGUUCUGGGCAAGCACUAUGACAAGUAUCCAGCCGCGUCGUUGACCAAGUUUCUUGAGGCGCAGCGUGAGCAGACGCCGCUCUAUCUGGAGGCAGGGUGGCUGGUAGCCGGCCAUGUUGACGAGUUUGUUCAGUUUCUACCGUACAAUAACACAAUCGGAUUUCGUGUUGCCGUGCCCGAUACACGCUCUGCGAUGCGUAUUCUCAAUCGCAUCAACGAGACCGGCCAUGGCGCCGUGCCGUUCCUCACCUACACGGGGGACAUAACUAGCGACCCGUGGGCAAUAUUCGCCGACCACGACUUACCCAACAAGACGGUCGAGAUGCUGCUUGCGGAAAAGGAUUUUGCUAAUACCAAUGAAUAUGCUCAGAAAUUUAUUGAUCGCAAUGUCGAGCUGCUCCGUGAGGAGCUGCCCAUCAGCGACGCAGAUGUCCUGCGCGUGCCUGCUCUUUGGCGAGAUGUGACAUACGAUUGGGUUGCCGACCCAGACGGACUACCAGCACGCCUUCAUCACACCAUACCCGGUGAGAGGCAGCUCCAAGGCUUCUUUCCUCUAGCGGUCAACGGUCUUCUGCUGGACCAGCACUACAUUGCCCCGAAACCGUUUGGCCCUCAAGUGGAUGGUGUCGACGUGUUUGAGCGUGAGAUUCGCAAGGUGUAUACAGACGCCGGCUUAAAUGUAGUUUUUAUCGAUGAUUACAUGUCCCAUCACGUUCGGGGAGGGGAAGUUCACUGUGGAACGAAUUCUUUACGGCGCACUGACAUCGAAUGGUGGAAGACUAGUUAA